AUGGCGACCGAAGACUUUGCCGGUAUUCUCAAUGGGGUGAUGUGGACUCAGGUUGUGCUCGCUGUUAUCUUCAUUGGUAUGAGAUUGUACACUCGCUACUUUCUCAUUCAGAGCUUAGGAUGGGACGACCUCCUCAUGAUUGUGAACUUAAUCACCUUCAUCGGCUAUGUGGGGUUUAUCACGGUAGGACUCACGUACGGUAUCGGUAGGAAAAGAGCCGCUGUCGACCCGGCAGACUACUCCAAAGCGAUCAUGUUGGAAGCCAUUGGCCAGGGGAUCUGUAUCAUGGGCAUCGCAGCUUCGAAGGCAUCCGUCGCCGUGUUCCUCUUGCGUAUCGUCAUUUUCAAAUGGCACAAGGCGCUGCUCUGGUUCUGCAUCGUGAGCACUACCAUUCUGUGUACCAUUACAACGACAUUGCUUUUCCUUCAAUGCAGGCCUGCCGCCUUUUUGUGGGAUCCCACAAUAGAGGGUGGUGUCUGUUGGCUCAACUUCACACACGUCGGGUUGAGUAUGGGCGCCUGGUCCGCGGCUAUGGACUUCAUCCUCGCCAUCCUCCCCUGGCACAUCAUCAUGGGCCUCAACAUGAAGCGUAAAGAAAAGUUAACCGUCGCUUUUGGGCUCUCCCUCGGUGUGUUCGCAGGCAUCUGCUCCAUCGUCCGCACCUACGAGCUACAAUCCCUCUCCUCGCUGGAAGAAUACGUCUACGAUACCGUUCCCAUGCUCCUCUGGUCCUCCACCGAAGUCUUCACCUCCAUAAUAUGUGCGUGCAUCCCGAUCCUGCGGCCGCUCUACGUUCGCAUCGUACAUGGCUCCAAGUACGGGCUUGGCUCCAGCGGCCGGGCGGGCCAUUCCUACCCUCUCAAAGAGUAUGCGCAGGAUGGGUAUUCGCAGAGUAGGAAGGACGCUGCGAGUGGUAUGAGUAGCAGGGUGUAUGCGGGCGCCUCGGUAGGGGUAUGGGGGCUGGGGUUGGUGCUACGACAAAGGUUAGGAUGGGGAGCGAUAAUGUGA